AGAUUUGAGUGGUUAUCUGCUUUAAAAUGAAUCCUGUUUAUCAUUGGAAAUUAGGGGACAUAGCACUUGCUAGAAUCUGCAAGAAGGUCUAUGGGAAAGUGCAAGUAAUAAAAGACAAGGAUGGUUUGUUCUUCGACGAAAAAGUUCUUGGUACUACAAAAGAUGGUGAAGAGAUAAUGGAAGAGUUAUGUUACUAUGUAGAAAUAAUUAGAUCUAAGCAACAGAUAUGGUUACCAUACACAAGCAUGUUCCUAGCUGAGAGACACAGACCAUUUUAUGGAACUGAUAGAGUUAUUCCAAAGAAGUCUCCUCAAGAAAAACCUGUUCCUAGAAAGAGAAAGAUUAAAGAAGACCAUAUACUACCGUUAAGUGUUAGAGUAUCAAAUUCAAAAGAGCCAGACUUGAAUAUAUCUUAUGAGAUCAGACAAGCACCCAUGACACAAGGAAAAUAUGCAAAUGCAUUUAAAGAAUUUGUCAGAUGUGGGAAAGAACAAAUUUUUGAUAGUUACCUUACUAUGGCAAAACAGGAAGAAAAAAAUGAUAUUUUAGAAUACCUGCAUAAUGUUGAUGCAAGUACGGAGGAUAAAUUUGAAAUGGUUAUAAGGAAUAAUGUAACUGUUAAAGAAAUUGAAAAUUAUUUACAUCAUUGUUGGAGAUACUGUUAUCUAAAUAAACAUACAAACAACAAGGAAACUUUGGAUUAUGUACUUGAGAAACAGCAAGUAUCUGUGCAUAUACCAUGGUGUUUAGUCUGCGGGCAGAAUGAAAGGUUACGGGAAUGUGUGAGUUGUCCGGCCUCGUACCAUGUGUUAUGCAGACGAGAGUGGCUAGUUUCUAUUAUACAUCGCAAGAACCCACCUAAGAAAGAGAAGAAACAGGUGACAUUGAUUCACAAGAUAUUGUCGAGCACAAGAACUAAAUCUUCAAUAGAGAAAGACAAGGAAAACUUGGAUCUGUGUCCCAGUUGUAUGUGGGGACCCAGUGUGGGAUAUGAUGAUGUUGUGUGGCACAAGCUAGGCACGUGCUCUUGGUGGCCAGCGAGGGUAUUGACCCCUGGGGCCACUCCAUCCUGUUUGCUGACUCGGACACAUUCACCUCACCAGUGGCCGCUCAAAUAUUAUGGUACAUUAAACCAUUCGUGGGGAGACACAAACCGCAUGUGUCUCUUUCUACCGAAGCAUACGGCCGCUCUGGAGGCGAGAGACGAAACAUUACGAAAGGCGGUGCUAGAUGCUUGUGAUGAUUAUAUAUCUGUUUAUCUCACUUAAUUUCUAACAACAUUUCAUUUUAAUUAUAAUUUAAGAAUAGCCCACGGUGGUGUAGACUACUACACCACUACUACUAAGUAGAACUAUUAGUUCGUCCGGUUUAGUACUGUAUCAACGCGUAUUUCGGCUCCAAAAGGUAAAGGCUGAUACCGUCACGCAAGUACGCGCGUAUUUGCUGCGUGGAUUGUCGCCCUUUUUUAAUGCGCGGACUGACUAGGAUUGUAAACGCUCCAACCAACCCUACAAUAUUUGUGUUGAUCAUGUGGCUAAGCUGCAAAUGGGCAUUUAUUUUACUGGUUUUCUUUUGUUUAUUAAAAUUUACAUUUUAAAUUGAAAAAUUGUUCGGUUUAAGUUUUAGAAAAGUACUAAUUGUAUUCAAUUCUUUAAAAAAAGAAUAUUGUUAUCGCUUAAAAUUCGGAGAUUUUUGACUCCAAAGUUUAUUUUUGAGAUGCAACUUCCAAAUUUUUAUUGGAUAUUUCAAAUAUUCUAUUCGGUUAAAAAUUAUCAUUAAAUCCUUUGUGCACUGUAUUUUUUGCGUCGGAAUAUUUUCAUUGCGUUAUGUUGUAAUCGGCUCUCUAAGAAACCAAUUUUUGUUGAUAUUGAGGUAUGACCGCGCCUUAAGUAACUCCUCGAAGCGUGGUAGCAGUUGGUAACACUCCGAAAUCUCAGGUCUAUAUUUCAUUGAGACACCAUGGCGGCGCAACCAGUGGCUCUAUCGUGAUGUCUGUAUACUGACACCAGAGUCGCUAGACCACACUGAUAACCGUCUCAAAAUGUAACUCGAAGAAAAAAAAAGAAACUGUGGUGCGUAUAUCCUUAUUUAGCCUUACACCAUACAGCUCUAUAGUAAUUCGUGGUGCACGCGUCCGAACUGGUCGCGCCGCCAAAUUGGUUGAGCAACCAAACGGACACCAGGUGAGUAACUCUCUAUAGAACUGUAUAUAUUUUGUUGGUAGCAACGGCUGGUUGCGCCGCCGUGGUGUCCCGGUGGAACAUAGCUGUUAGGGAAGACUGGAUACGUAGCUGUAAACUAGUCAUCGAUAGCGCUCGAAAUGGGGACGGGUAGGGUGCGUAUAUAAACGAAAAUAAGUUUUGAUUAGUAAUAUUUUUAUUUCAACUUCAAUUCUGUUAUAUGUAAGUAUGUUUUUUUAAGUUGUUCUUCAUUCAAAACUUUAUAUAUUAAAGUUGUUUAUUUUGUGAGUUUUUAUUUUUGGUCAGUUUAUGUUUUUUAUUUAAAAACACUAGUAAAUUUAGUUUUAAUCAAACUUCAUUUUAAUAUCAACGCAAUUGCUUUUUUUUAUAUUUUAAG